UUGAUUUGCGUUUUUCUUUUGUUUUCCCCAUAAAAUCGAAUCAGAAAUUGAGAAAUUAGAAAACCUAAAUUCCUUUCUCCUUCACACUUCAGUUUGCAUUCACUUCGUUGAAUAUUUCUUUGAUUCGCAGUUCUUCACUCUGUACGCGGCUACACCGUCACGCCCUUCACCUUCGCACAAUUAGGAAGUACUAAAAAAGGGAUUUUUGGUGAAGGGUCAGAAGAUGGAGACAGAGGUGUUGGAUGCAGAGUUAGUGUUGCCAAACUAUCUCAGUUUUAAGAGAGUUCAAAUGUAUGAUAAAUACCCUAAAGGCCAAUCCAGAGGAAGACACUGGAAACAUCUUAAGCAGAUUAUUCAGGCUGAGAAUUACCAGAAUUACCCUCCUGAUGAGCCCAAUUAUGUCAAUAUUGAGUCACCCCCUUCCAUGCAUCCCUGCAAGAGAAUUUGCGAUAUUACUGGCUUUGAGGCACCUUACUAUGAUCCUAAGACUAAUCUCCGGUAUGCAAAUACUGAUGUUUUCAAGACGAUCAGAUCGCUUCCUAAUGAUUAUGUGCAAAGAUACCUAUCUCUGAGGAAUGCAGCAGUCGUUCUUAAGUAGUUCUAUCACUUACCUUGUCUUCUAAGACACCUUAUUCUCGUUCCUUAAUGUUUUGUUUUAACAAAUGCUGUAUUGAAUCUUCUUCCAUGUUAAAUAGAUUUAGAAGGUGUUUGGUAGAGCUUACAGAUGAUUAGCAGAAUGUUUGUAAAUUACGAUUAUCAGUUGCCUAAUCUUGUUAUUCCAUA